AUGGAUAAAGCAGUGAGAAAACGUGGACGGAAACCUAAAAAUGCAGUGGACGCGGAAGCAAACCCUAACUCAAACACCGCUGCUGUAGAAGAGGUGGUAGCUUCCUUAAGCGCUGCUGCUGAUGACGUCGCCAUUGUUGCGUCUCCUGAACGAAGGGCGUCUAGACAUAGCGACCACAACGGAGAUUGUGACAUCGUUGGGACUGUUGCGGAUGGUCCUCCGCGGUGGGAGAGUGUCGGGAAGAUGAUUGCACCAAACGCUAAUGAAGCAGCUCUACGAACAAUAAUGGUGGAUUUACUGAAUAUUGUGGUUUUGGAAACCAAACGAACUGCCAAAUUUAGAACUCUACUCAAGCACGUCGAGAGAACUUUAAGGAACAUCGAGCCGAUUUUUUAUGGAUAUGAGAGGUUGAGAAAAGUGUUGUAUCGAGCUGAAAACGAGACCAAAAUGUUCAUAUAUUAUGUGGCAAAUGGAAAAGAAGUAGUCAUGGAGUGCUUAGAGAUGAAAUGCUGGAAUGUAUACAAGAAACUUCUUCACGCAAACAAGCUAAUUGGAUUGGACAACAUGCUUUUGAGAUUCUUUCUGAGUGAAUUGCAUGAUAAUUUCAUUUCAAGCAGGAGGAUUCUGUUUGAGAUUUAUGCUUUGGGAGACAAACUGGAUCAAGUCCUUGCAGCUGUUACCAAACAUACAGAUGGAUUUUCAGAAUCCUGCAGUGUUCCAGGGCUUCCAGAUGUCAUCAUUGGGUUGGAUUUUCAUCUUCAAGAACUGAAAAGAAUGGUGCUAAAAGAAGACACCCAGCUCAUAACAGUUUCAGCUCCUGGAGGAUGUGGGAAGACUACAUUAGUAAAGAUGCUUUGUCAUGAUAAUGAAAUUAAAGGCAUUUUUGGGGACAACAUUUUUUAUGUUACAGUUUCUAGAACAACAUCCCUUAAGACAAUCAUCCAGAAACUAUUUGCACAUUUUAAUGUAAAUCAUUGUGAGUUACAAACUGAUGAAGAGGCAAAAAACCAAUUAGAGAAUUUUUUGAGUGAAAUGGGAUCAAAGAACAUAUUGUUGGUGCUAGAUGACGUGUGUUCAGAAUCCGAAUCAUUUAUUGAAGAUCUUAAGUUUCCAAUAUCAGGAUACAAAAUCUUGGUGACAUCAAGAUUCUUGUUUUCAAGAUUCGGUUCCACAUAUGAACUGACCCUGUUAAACGAUCCAGAUGCAAAGACCCUUUUUUGCUCUUCUGCAUUUCAUAACAUGAAUUCUGUUAACGUGCCAGAUGAUCUUGUAAAACAGAGGUCAACUUUGAAGAAAUGGUCAGAAGGUCAAUCUAUCUUUCAUUCAAGCAGCCGAUUGUUGUUUAGUCUUCAGUCAAGAGUUGAUGCACUUGAAGAGUUUCCAAUACUGAGAGACUCUUUUCUAGAUUUGGGUUUGUUUCCAGAAGAUGAAAAAAUUACAGCUUCUGCUUUAAUGGAUAUGUGGGUAGAAUCAUACAAUUUAGACGAUGAAGGAAUGUAUACCAUUGAAUACCUUCUUGAACUCUCUUCAAGAAACCUUCUCAAUCUUGUUCUCACCAGGAAAGAUGGUAGUGAACUUGAAGGGUAUUGCAACGAGCAUUAUGUCACACAACAUGAUCUGUUAAGAGAUUUAGCCAUCCAUUUGAGUAGCCAAGAUCCAAUAGCUCAAAGAACACGAUUGUUGGUUUUUUUUUUAAGAUAA